AUGGACGGUUUUACAGAUAUUACUUCGCCUCUUGAACUCUUGGAGUUGCCGAAACUCUCAGCAAUAAACAACCACUUCACCGACCUUCUUACGCCGCGUUUCGGUAUAGAGGCUGAGUCGCUGAAUGUGGGGAGAUUAUCCAUCCCACAAGAUCACCGUGAUAUCGCUGAUCUGCUGAUAUCGGACGAUAUUAAUUUAGAUUCUAACAGUUUCAACCCACUGUUUGGGUGCACAAUGGCCCCCGGGUUGUGCGCUCGACUCCAUCACAAUCCGAUGCAGUCAUCAAGCAGCAAGAACGGGGACACUCGUUCAGAAUUGAGUACCGGGUGCCGCUGCAUGGCACUGGCCGUGGGCCUCUUACACAAGCUCUUCUCGCCCGAGUCCCCGUCUAGCAUUUCAGGCAAUUCCGUCUCUGUUUCUAGCGACGGAGCCCUAGGCAGUAAUUUGCCAACUCUUACGUUGCUGGAACGGAACAAGGAAACCAUCGAAGCCGUCAGCAAUAUGCUCCAGUGUUCGUGUGCGGAAACGGGGUACUUGACAACUAUGUUGUCAAUAAUUGUGUUCAAGGUUCUCGAGCUGUAUGCCGUGGCAGUGCGACAGGUUCACCAUGGGCCAAGCUUCGAAUGUACCGAGAGCCCCCUUGGUGGUGCCUGGAGCACGCCGAUGGCCACUAGGUCGAUUAGACGGUUUGGUACAGACUCUAGCUCGUCCGACGACGAAGUGUCCAAGAGGACCAGUGCUCAGCUGAUACUGGGCGAGCUGCACCACGUGCAAGGUAUAAUGAACCAGUUGGCACUGCGGUUCAACGCCCACGGGGAAAGGGGCGCGUUGGAGCAGGAUUUGGACUCGAGCUGUGAGAGCCUCACAUCACCACCUCUGCUCACUGACAGUUGCAGGCCGACUGAAACCUUCUCAGCGGCGACCCUGGGCCAAAUUGAGGCAGACCUGCGAAGAGGCCUUACGACCCUAUCUUCUGACAUCAUUACCAGGCUACGGUGGAGUUAA